AUGCAUUUUGUUUCAGGUAUAGAACAACAAUUACAACAGCAGACGAUUACCAUUAGAAAAUAUGUCGGUACUUCGGCUACAGGCAGCAGCUGUGGCGGUGGUGGCGGCGUUGGUGGCGACACAGAGAGCACCCUUUCCAAUGUUACAUCAAUUCACUCACAAUUGCAAUCUCUCAACGAAGCAGGUGAUGACGCACAAAAAUUCUACAAUAGCAGUUUAAUGAAUCACCAACAUCAACAGCACCAGCAGCAGCUUCAACAGCAGUUGCAUCAACCAGCCGGCAGUGAUAAAUUAAUAAGACCACAAGUGUUGCGUGCAAUGAACAAGCAUUCCGUGCUACUACAGGAGCUGCAUCAACGUCAGACGCAAGCAGCAGCAAGCAGAAACACACAACUAGCCACUGCAACUACUAACUUGCAACAACACUUGGUAACCGGUUGUACAGCAACAUUGACUAUCACUACAAGCACAGUGACUGCUAACGCUAGCGCUGUGGCAACUGCAACAGCUACAGUGUCGGCCGCGGCUGCUGCUGCUGCCGCUUCGGCUGUUGUGUCGCCCAAUAAGGUGGCUACACAAAUGCCUAGUGCUGGCGGUGGCGGUGGCGGUGGCGGUGGCGGUGGCAAGACUGCAACUAUACUUGUUUCAAAAUCAAAAACUAAAACUGGUUUGCCGCUGCUACUUAAAAAUUCGAUUAACAAUUAACAACAAUUAGCCGGAAUGUACGUAAACAAAAGGAAAAUUAUAAAAAUUUGUAGUUUAAUCAUACACACGAAUGUUUUCAAAACGUCUGCAAUUGUGACGAAACGAUGCUGAAAUUAAGUAAAUCAACGACCGAUAACCUGUGCCCAGUAUUUAAGAAUUUAUAUCCAUACAACACAUACACAUACAUCACCAUAUACACACACUGAUAUUUGCAUGCUUAUAUGUCUAUAAUUUACAUGUUUAUUUUCGUUGUGCAAUAUUUUUAAGUAUUUAUUCAUUUUGUAAAAGAAGAAAAAAAAAAAAAACGAGUGGUAGCUGAGUAUAUAAACAAACGCGCAAAAUAUGUAGUCAAAUUAAAAAUGUAUGCUUUUAUGCAACGAUUAAAAAGUGCAGGCAGGAUAGCCGCGAAAUAAAGCAAAUAACUUAGAAUAUGAAGCAAAAAUUGAAUCGUUGAGCAGAGCAAAUGCAAGAGCUAAAUUCGUUUUUUGUUUUUUUUUUUUGGUUGCUUAUAAGUGAUUGAAUUGAAAAUUUUUCCUUAAGAAUUAAUUAUCGCAGUGCAUAUAGGCUCAGUGAAUAUUUUAAUAUAUGAUUUACAUUAAUAUAUUAUAUAUAUAUUAUAUUUGUAAAAAGCGCAAAGCUUUUAUAAUUAAUUUAUCUGGAACUAAUUUAAGUAAUUAGAAAAUCGGUGGAAAAGUAUUACUAGACAAAAGCUAUGCAAUUAAAUGAUUACAAAUUCGAAAAUUUUUACAUCAAUCGACUAAAAUUGCAAUUAGUAGUUAAAUGUAGCCAUAUUUGUUUUCUAUAAAAUUGGCGUUUUCGCAUUUUGAAGUGUCAAAAAGAAGGAGAAAAAAACAAAAAAAAAAAAAAACACUCAACUGGAUAUCUAUUUUUUAUGUAAAAACCAAUUUGAAAAAUUCCAUUUUAACAACCUAAUCGCAUAGCUUGCGUGAGUAAAAUGAACGAAGUAAUUUAUGUAUGUCGAAUAUUCUGAAUACCAGUAAAUAUUUUUUAUGUUUAUACUAAAUAUAUUAUAUUAAGUGAAUAAUCUUUAUUGUGCAUGUAUACAAACGCAUAUGCAACACCAAAACUAGAACGAAACAAACAAAAAACAAAAAGAAAAAAAACAAAAACAAAAAAACAUUGUAGAAAUCACAGUGUAUUGGAAAGCAUAUGAAAAAGGUUAGUAAAACGACACACAAAAACAAAAAAAAAAAAAAAUAAACUAAAAUUAUUAAAUUUAAAGUAUUUGUAUUGUAUAUGCGUGUAACUAUUGUAACUGUAUUUGUUAAGUUUUAAUUUAUUCGUAAUUUACUUGUAUACCUAUGAUAAUUAAAAAAUGACUUUUCGCCAUAACAGUGCGCACACGAAAAUCUGCAAUUGAAAUGGACGGACGACGCGGCGCCAAUGACGUUUUGAGUCUGACUCGGACGUUGAUGACGACGACGACGAUGACGACGACACUAAUUACGUGAAAUAUUAUAUUUGCUGUACUUUUUGUAUUAUUACUAAAAAAAUAAUUGCAUACAAAGUGAAUAGCAUAGCCAGGAAGAACACGAACACAAGAACAAAGAAAACGUAGCGAAACGCAAGUGAAGUAAAACUAAAAUGAUAAUGAAAAUGAAAAUUAACAUUAAAUACUUACAUACAUAGCUAUAUUUUAACCAAUCAAUACCAGUGUGCAGCUGUGGCAGCCAUGUAGGCGCGCGGUGUGGGUGGCUACAUACAUUUUUAAAACGGUUGCACGAAACGAAAGACUUCUAGCUUCGAAUAAUAAAAUUAAGCAAAAAGAAAAACAAAAUAGAAACAAAAACAAGAAAAAUGUGUAAUCACCACUGACCACAACACGAAUUGCGAUGAAUCUCUUGUAGCAAUAACGGUAUAAUUAAUUAAUUAAUUAAUCAGCUAUAUACAUACGUACAUACAUACAUCCAUACAUACAUACAUAGUACAUAGACACACAUGCUAGAAAUAUACAUUUAUAUACAUACAUAUAAAUAAAUAACAAAAACACAUGCGCAAACAUACAUACCAUUUAAAUAACACAAAAACAAAAAAUACCUAUAUUAAAUGGAAUAAAACAAUAUACAAUACAUACAUACAAUGAUACCUAAAUA